AUGAGCAGAACCACAUUUUUUGAGGUGGAGAUUCUGGACUCUAAGACCAAAACGCAGCUCUGUUUUCUGGACAAAGUUGAACCUCACUCAACAAUCAAUGAUAUAAAAAGCCUCUUUCACAAGUCAUAUCCUAAGUGGUAUCCUGCCAGACAAGCCUUAAAGUUGGACCCCAAGGGAAAAGCACUUCGAGAUGAUGAAAUAUUACAGGAUCUACCAGUUGGGACCACAGCCACAAUGUACUUCAGAGACCUGGGUCCACAGUUAGGAUGGACAGCAGUGUUUCUGGCAGAGUACAUUGGCCCUCUCUUGAUUUACCUCCUCUUCUAUUUUCGCCUUCCCUACAUCUACACACAUAAGUAUGAUUUCACCACCAGCCCUUAUCCAGUUGUCAGCUUAGCCUGUGCAUGUCACUCUUUCCACUACGUCAAGCGACUGGUCGAAACAAUCUUUGUGCAUCGUUUCUCCCAUGGCACCAUGCCUGUGAGGGUUAUAGUGAGGAACUGUGUGUAUUACUGGGGCUUUGCAGCAUGGCUGGCAUAUUAUAUUAAUCACCCUCUAUAUACACCACCAUCUUAUGGAGAGAAACAGAUCAACCUUGCACUGGUGAUUUUUGUGCUCUGUGAGGCUGGUAAUUUCUCCAUUCAUUUAUGCUUGAACAACCUGAAGGCUGAAGGAACAAAAUGUCGGAAGUUUCCACACCCAACCAAGAACCCCUUUACAUGGCUUUUCUUUUUCGUUUCCUGUCCUAACUACACUUAUGAGGUAGGAGCCUGGGUGAGUUUCUCCAUUAUGACCCAGUGUGUUCCAGUUGCUCUGUUCACGCUUGUUGGCUUCAUUCAGAUGACCAUCUGGGCUAAAGGAAAGCACAAAACCUACAUAAGAGAGUUUAAAGACUAUCCACACCUGAGAAUGCCUAUUCUCCCCUUCAUUCUCUGA